AUGAAUAAAUCAGUUUUGGCUCAAUCAACGACUGAAAUAAACACGGACGAUCAUUUAUGGUCUAAUUUAUUGAAUGGUGUAUCUCGUAUAAAGAAAGCUCCAUCAAAAUAUAUUCUUUUAUUGGGUGGGGGGAAUAGAAAUGCAAGAGAAUGGAUUUCAUCUUUAAAACAGGCAGCCAUUGGAGUUCAUACAGGACGUUCUUUUAAAGAAAAUAAGGAAGAGAUAGAUUCUACGUAUCUUAUGGAUUAUACAUAUAUUGAAUGGAUGGAUCAAGAUCAAGGAGAAAGGCUUGCUGUGAUUGAGGUAUAUUUAAUUUCAGAACGGCAUGUUUCUUGUGAAUCAUUGCUUUUGGAGCUUUUUACACAGGAGUUUCUUAAAAACUGUUUGAUUUGUAUUCUAUUAGAUUGGAGAAAUCCUUGGAAAUGGCUUGAAGAAUUGUAUAGUUGGAUAAAUUUGAUUAGAAAAAGUAUUGAAAAUUUUAAAUCUUUAGAAGCGGGAAAUCGUGUUAUUUCUGAUAUUAUAGCUACUUGGGAACAUAAAAUUAGAACAUAUAGUGAAAAUGCCCCAUGGGUAUCUCAUGAUACUAAUAGGAAUGAUCAAGUAGCGGUUCCUUUGGAAAUAGGCCAAUAUGAUCAGCCUUUGGGGUUACCAUUUAUAUGUGUAUGUAAUCAUUCGGAACAUAUGUUAUCAAUUGAAAAAGAUGAGCUUUUAAAAGAUGAACAUUUUGAUUUCAUACAACAAUUUCUUAGAACUAUACUUAUGAAGCAUGGUGGCGCGCUUUACUAUACAUCUGAUUUAUAUCCAAAUACAUUGAACAAUUUGUUAUAUAGUAUUCUUGAUUGUUUUUCAUUUUCACCUCAGAUAUAUAUGGAUGUUAAUUCUCCGCCAAAAGCGAAUGUAAUUGAUGGAAAUCAAAUAUUUGUUCCUCCAGGCUGGGACUCAUGGGGAAAAAUUCGUAUUAUUCGAGAUGGUUUUGAUGUCGAGAGAGUUGCUAAGGCAUGGGAUGCUGAUUUGAAUUUUAAUACAGAUAAAAAUAAGACACUUAAUUCUAAAAAGAUUUUUGAAGAAAUGAUAGCAGAUUGUAGAAAGAAUGAUAUUUUUGAUAUUUCAGAGACGAAUGAUUUUGUGACCACAAUUCCUUAUCAGGAAUUUCUUUUAAAUCAUUUGAAUAUUAUAGAAACAAAACUUGAGGCACAAGAAAACGUCCCGGAGGAUAGGAUUAAUAUAGCAAAUGCAUAUGUGGCUUCACCUCAACUAAAUGUAGGUGGUAUCAAACUAAAUGCUGAAGAAGUAGAUGAAAAAUUAAAGAAAUUAAGAGAUACGCGUUCUGAAAGUAAUUCUCCUGUUUUAACACCAGAAAAAUGCUAUAAAUCCCCUUUAAAGGCAAUAUCGCCACUACCUGCUAAAGAACAGAACGAAGUAUUGGCAAAUUUUUUUCAAAGUUUGCUCAACAGAAAGAAAGCGGGAGAAUAA